AUGAAGUCCAAGGAAGUCUCAAUAGACCUCAGCAAUAAAAUUCUGUUAGUAGAGAAAAGAAAGAGACGCGACGCGGCUGGACAGCAUCUUCCCUCCGCUUCUCACCUGGCUGUCUGGUCAGGAAGUGACGCAUUCGAUGCAUUUGCUCCAGUAGAUGUUGGGGUCGGCGAGACAGCUGCGAGUGAGGAGGCUGACAGCUCCGAGAAGCGCCCUGGCAGCGUGGCUGCACCCCGCACAGCUGACGGGAUGUUCGGCUACCGCUACGUUACGCGGCAACAACUGGCCGGCUUCGACCUAUACAAGUACAAUGCAGUCGAUACAAAUCCACUGUCUGUGUAUGUCAUGCAAAAUCUGUGGAACAGGAUAGUGAAGGCUGUUCCUUUGUGGAUUGCUCCAAAUCUGCUGACAUUCACUGGGUUUCUGUUGAUCCUAUUAAACUACUUCCUGUUGGCAUAUUAUGACUGGAACUACACAUCAUCCAGUUCGGGGUCUCGGCAUGCCCCUAAAUGGGUGUGGGGUUUGACUGGACUCACUACUUUCUCUGCUUAUGCUUUGGAUUCAGUUGAUGGAAAGCAUGCAAGGAGGACAUGCUCCAGCAGUCCACUUGGGGAGCUAUUUGACCAUGGACUGGAUAGCUGGGCCACCUCACUUUUUACACUUUCCUUUUUCUCGGUGUUUGGCCUCUCUGCUGAGAGGGAGGUGACACCUUUCACCCUCUACUACAUACUGUGCAUCAUCCUGUUUACAUUUAUGUUAUCCCACUGGGAAAAGUACAACACUGGGGUGCUCUUCUUGCCCUGGGGAUAUGACAUAAGUCAAGUGACAUUAACAGCUGUCUAUGUGCUGACAGCAAUAUAUGGUGUAGAAGCGUGGCACAAGCCUCUGAUGUUUGGCUAUUUCUUUGCGGAUAUAUUAAUAGCCAUGGUCAUUGGCUGCAGUGUAUUUCUGUCUCUUCCCCAGACUCUGUACAAUAUUUACCAAGCAAAGAAACUUGGAACCCUCCAAAGAAAUUCAAUUUCCGAAGGCCUCCUUCCUCUUUUAUCACCCACAUUGUUGUUCCUAUUAUUAACAACAUGGGCAAAAAUAUCACCAGAGGAUAUCCUUACUAAAAACCCCAGGAUUUUCUUGUGGAUGGUGGGGGUUACCUUCUCAAACGUUACAUGCAGGCUGAUUGUUUGCCAAAUGACCAAAACAAGGUCAGAAGUCAUUCACUGGCUGCUCAUUCCAUUAGCUGGGACUGUUGGUGCCGUUUACAUGGGGCUUGAGGUGCACUCUGAGUUUGCCUUAUUAACUGGGUUCACACUUCUGGUGACAGUAGCCCAUGUCCAUUACGGAAUCUGUGUGGGAAAGCAGCUGAGCGAAUAUUUCAACAUUUUCAUAUUUUCUUUGGAGAAACGACGUUUGGACUGAGCACAGUUGAAUGUCUGGGACAGUAUUUACAAAUUAAAUUGUGUCUAAUGGUGAAACCCCUGAAUGUCCAAAAGAGGAUAAAAAAUAUUCAAGAUGUGUUUUAAUUGUUUUAAUCCUGGACAGCUUAUUAUUUCUCAGGUAAGCAAUGACAGUUUAUUAUUAUGAACAGUAAUCAGGUAAAGACGUGACAACAAAAGAAACAUUUCAAAGCAGAGGGUCGCCUGUCCGCCUGCCUGCUCACCCCCGCCCUGAAGAGCGGCCCCCUGCCAGGAAUGCUGUGCUCUAAACUGACUGGGACACAAACUACAGGGCUGCUCUUUACUGUGGGCUCAGGAUUGUUGGAUCACCACGGUUCCCAUGGCUUUGCCUUAGUAAUUGUCGGUCGCAGUCGUGGUCUUUGUUUCCAGAGGUUUUUUUUUUUUUUUUAAAGGAUUCCCUUAGGGAUUCUUUUUUUUUUUUCCCCUCGCCACUGUGGGAUAGACGCAUGGAAAAAGAAAAUGGAUACUUGGGAACAAAUUAGGCAUAAGCUCAGCAACAGGUCAUUUAGUUGGAAUUUUGAUGGCCCCCUCCUAACCCAUUUCAGCUGAACUUUUCCUCAGGGUAUCUACUGGCAUCUUCUGAUGAAACUGGAGGUUCAGAAAUGCCAAAUUAAAAUGGAUUUGCAUCUGGCAUGAAGGGUAGUGCCCGCAGUGGUUUGGUAUCCCGUCUACAGCCGCUUCCAUUCUUCCACAAUAGUUUCAGUGCUGCAACCCUAAACCAGAAAAAAUGGGCUUGAGGAUGUCAUGUUAUGAAGAC